AUGACCGAGAGGAUAACGCUGAAGGACAGUCGAACGUAUGUCGACUAUGAGUCGGUGCCGCUUGCACUAGAUGGUGUUUGCCAGCUGUACGAACAGGCGCUGAAGGCAACAAAUCCCCAACUGAAAAACAUCACUUAUGAUGUGAACGACUUGUUCUCCUACAUUGAUUCGCUUCGAGACAUGUGCGCCCUCGUGCUGGACCGCCAAUCGAAUUGUUAUGUCCCCCAUGACAAACAAUGGAUAAAAGACCAGGCUUUUAAGCACCUCAAGAAACAGGCCCACGUGUAG